UUGUCUCGCCGAGAGCGCAGUAACCAAUUGUAACAAGACACGUCAUUGGAUGAUACGCGACUGUUGCUGCUGCUGGUACAGGUGUUAUCGCGGCAGGUAGAAAUUUUCCUACACAGGUGCGGGAGUCAUGUAUGCUGUAUCUAUCACCAUAGGAUAUGUCCUUUAAUAGGCCGCCAUAGAUAAAUAAUUCAAUGACUUAGUGCUUCGUUUGUCGCGGAAAGCCCAGGAGUAAACUUACAAGUAGGCGUUGGUACACCGGAGCUAUGCGACAGUAAGCGGUGGAGUAGGGUUGUCUAGACAAAUACAUUUUGUAUAAAAAUUUGAACAAUUAACUAUUUAUUUGUCGGAAAAAGAAGUUAAAACUAUCAAUCAUUCAGUGGAUUCCUUUAUGUCCUGAACGUGUUUACCGAGAAAAGACACUUUAUAUGUCAUUUUGAAUGGGAUAAACAUUUCGACGAUUGGAUUCUGGUUUAUCACACAACACCGACAUAAUGAGAGGAAUGGCCAGUGAAGGUCGAUGGCUGGUGGUCUUCACACUUUGCUUCACCCUUACAGAACUUGUUGCUGGACUGUACAAUUUUACCGUAUUUGAGACCAAACUGCCCCACGAACAUCUGGCCUACAACUGUUCAAGUAUCGGCCUAGAGCUCGCUAAGGUCGACAGCCAGGAGAAGUGGGACCAGGCCCAUGACAUCCUCACAAAUUACCAGAGGCGAAUGCCAGAAAAAGACAUUUAUAUCGGCCUCUAUUACAACGCAUCACUGGAGAAGUUUUUCUGGGAAGAUGGGGAGGAAAUGACGUGGACGAAGUGGUAUUACAACGAGCCAUUCAAUGCCGCGCUUAGACCGUGUGUUGUCCUGGCAAUCGACGGCUAUCUUCAGUUCCGAACGGUUGACUGUCAGUAUGAACUCUUCUAUGCUUGCAGCAAGGAAAUCAUACCAACGACGACGCCUGCUCCGCCGACGACCCAAAAAAUGUCCGCAAGCUACAUGAGACCAUACGAGAUGGUAACCGGUCUGACUGUUGGAUUCUUCGUAUUCGGGUUUAUCUUGGCUCUUUGCGUCCUCAUGUGUUGGUGUUGUUUCUUCUCCAAUGCCAAGCUAAGGAAGAAGUUGGAUCCUGUCAAGGUUUUUGGUUACAGCGUAGGUGCAGCACGUUCCAACAAGAGCGACUCAUCGCUUCCCCCGCCUGUCUUCACCAAAUCUAAAACGGUUGGCUACGAUAACCCCAUGAUGAAAGGUCAGAGGUCAACAGUUGACGAUUUCCCGCAAAAGUCCAGAACAGCACCCUUCAUGAAGAAUCGCGCGCCAGAGUUCGAUGACAUUCCGUCCAAACCAAACAGUGCUUCGUCAUACCGAUCUGGCAGCAUGAACGACAGCGCACCAUCGUCAAAGGAUGGAAGCAGCGAGUCGUUUGGAUAUAUGAUGUAAACAAAACAUUGAUUCGGAAACGCAAAAAGGAAAAGUCAACUUCCAGUCAAAUUAUUUCCCUAUUGACAACAUGUGCCGGACAAAACAACCUACUGCUCACAUUAACUGAAAAGUAACAAUGGAUAGAUAAAGUAACAACACACGGAUAGAUAAAGUAACAACACACGGAUAGAUAAAGUAACAACACACGGAUAGAUAAAGUAACAACACACGGAUAGAUAACAACAAAGUGACAUUUACUACGCUAGAACAGUCAAAGCAUGGGAAUAGUAGCAAAGAAAUAGUAACGAAUAUAUAUAUAUAGCAACAACACAAAAAAUAAUAUCACAUGGAUGGUGUUAACAAAGUGACAGUUACAACACACAAGAAUAGAAACAGCAAGGGAAUAUUUACAACACUGGAAAAACAUUGGACUCUAGGAACAAGGAAACAUUACAUAGGCUGUUCUAUGUCUACUAAAGACGUUACAUAAUAUGUGAUACAAUAACUUAAGCCAGCAUGCAAACCACUUUUGCCUGUCUCGAAUAACUGAUAUCUGAUAUUCUAUUUUGUUUUCACCUGUUUUUCAAGACAGGCAAAACCAUAGAUGAAUGUUAGUACUGAUUAUCGUUUUGUUUUCCAAAGCAUUUAGAUGAUUGUGUCGGUAAAUCAUUAUUGACAACAAGCCCAAACGUCCGUAUUCGACUAUCAGUGAUGGUGGAGUCUAACUGUGUGGGAAUAGUUGAUCAGAAUCGGGAAAAUCUAUCAUUGUGUUUUGAAGUACUAUCAAUCGAGAGGACAAACAAUGCAUACAUAGAUCCUUUUAAAUCAAUGCCACAAUUAACAGCUCAAACAAAAUGUACUCGUUAAAAAUUUAAAACCGUCAGAACAUUGGACAACUUUCGAUAUUUACGAAAUCGGUAUCAAAUGUGGAAUCAACAGGAACUCAUUUUCUUUGAAGUAGAUCAUUGCUUUAUUUUAUUUAUAUUGUCACUUAAUACAACACAUUUAUGCUAACGUUCUGUGAUACAGUAGUUGUAAUUCCGUCCAUUUUAGAUGUACAUUUUAUCGUGAUUAUUGUUUGUUAAUGAGUGUAGACCAGAGAAGUGUCGUUAUAACAUACAUACGUACCAUUAUCAUAUGGUAGUUAUAAUAUUGUUUUAUGAAAAAUGUAUAUACGCACUAAGCAGAUUUUGCAAUUCUGACGUGAUCAAGAAUAGUGCUUAAAAUUAUCAUAUUGCCAUAGUAGUCUUAUAUUAGUGUUUUCAUCUCUCGUUGUUCAUCAGAAAAAAAAUACAUAAAACUGUGAAAUAUGUCUAUAGCAAUGUCUCAGUCAGUAAAACGACUCUUUAAACAGGUGGUCUCUAUCAACAGUUGAUCACUUUAGACAGGUAGUCACUUUUCUGUCAGUUUUACUUCUCAUGUACUUAACGUUUGUCACAUUUUCAAAAUCACCAAAAAGUAAGGAAAUAUAAGUAUGCAUAAAUCUUAGCUUGACUUUAAAAUCGACCAAUAUACUCAACAUGUUUUUCAUUAUUAUUUCUGCUCUUAACUUACAUUUUUUUAACCACAAUGAUGAAGUUAUUCCGUUUGUUUUUAUUAACUAGCUCUAAAUUGAUUCCCAAAAAAAUGAUAAUGUUAUUAAUCUUCUACAACGAAAGCAUGAUAGCUGAGUAUUCUUCUAUGUAUUUGUCAUCAUAGUUUAUCAGCGUGUCUUAUGGUAUGUUUAAGUUAACUGAUGUUUGUGUAGUAUGACGUAUACAGUAUUAUGCACAAAGGAAGUAUGUUCUUCUUGUGCUAAUAAACUUGUCCAUUAAAUUUGUCAAAUGUAGGUUCAUUCUUCGUAUGAAGACGAUUUUACACGCGUGUUACACGAGUGUUAUCAGUGUUAUCAAAUAAACACAAUUUUGAACUAUCAAAUAAAUACGUUUUCAGGCAUCUGCCAUAUUUCCAGACCACCAACAAACAAUCUCUAUUUAACUUACAUAAAAUUUUGAACCUUUGAAAUAAAUCAAUGAAAUAUUAUCGUAGUAUGUCGAUUGAUAUUAUGUCAAAGUCAACGUAAUUAUCUGUAAAAGAGUAUCGGUGAUAAUGACAUUCGGCUAAAUAAGAUGAUAAAACAACCAAUCGUUUAGUGUCUUUGUGUAAUAAACUCAUUAAAUCUUCAUACAGUUUUGUUGCAUAUCACCUACAUUGUGAUAUUUUUGUACAUUCCGUGUCAUGUUUUUGGUUUAUCUGCUGAAGAUAUUUAAUGAAAGAAUCUAACAUUAAAGAUCCUUGUUCAAUUGAACGCAUUAUAAAACUGAUUGAGUUAGAGCAAAAAGAAUCCUGAUGAUAAAUCAAAUAUCUGUUACUUUUUUAACAUGUAGAGUAUGUCUUACUAUUUUUAACGCAUAUGUAAGACGACAAGUUUUCCUCGCUUGUCUCCUAAGUAUUAUCAUGGAUUAUAAUCUAUACAAAUUUAGAAGACUGAAAUUGUUAUUGACAAGUAAACGGUUUAUAUGGUAAGUUACAAACUGCCUUGGACUUUAACUAGCUUUUAACUAUCAAGCUGUGAUAAAUAUUGUUUUGUUUCUGAUCAAUAAAAUCAUGUUGGUAUCUUUUUACGUUGUUAUAAGAUAAUUGAACCUCUGCGUGUGUAUCUUUUUACGUUGUUCGCAGUUAUUUGAACCUCUUUGUGUGUAUCUCGAAAAGGAUUAUUUGGGGAAAACUCUUGGUUAUUAUCAGAAAUAUAGUGAUCUUAUGGCAUUAU